CAGCACCGAAACCACCGCGACAACUCACAACAAGCUGCUCUCUUCCUGGUUCCGGCUGACGUUGUCGGGAGUGGCCUGAUGCUUUCAGGGACCGUGGGAGACUAAAUUUGUUCUCCACUGUCGAAACCCUGCUCAACGCUGGACAAAGGGAGGGAGACUAAAAAUAACUAGAAGGGAUAGGAGCAGAGACAAAGUAAAGCCGGACACCGGACCCAUAAAACUACCGACUGUACUAGCGUUUGCACACGGAGGACAGGCCUUUGGCAGCCGGUGGAGAUGUGUGUUGUGGAACACGGAGGUCAGACUGCUCGGUCCCUGCAGGACACGCCAACAGCAGCAACAGAGUUCAGGGGCCUAGUUUUGAAUCAGACGGACGACAAAAUGUUUCUGGCCAAGAACUUGAUCGGAGGCAUCAUCAAUAUUGUGAGCAACAUCGACCCGGCUCAGUUUAUUCCUUCAGACCCACCUCCUCCUCGCAGACCUCUGAACUUCGCUGAGACUCAUGAGAACGAUGAGGAGAAACAGUUUCGGAGAGUUUUCCAACAGCUGGCCGGAGAUGACAUGGAGGUGAGCCCCAAAGAGCUGAUGGACAUCCUCAACAAAAUCAUUUCCAAACAUGGAAACCUGAAGACUGACGGUUUCAGCAUUGAGUCCUGCAGGAGCAUGGUUGCCGUCAUGGAUAGUGACAGCACAGGAAAACUGGGCUUCCAUGAGUUCAAAUACCUCUGGAACAACAUCAAGAGAUGGCAGGGUAUCUAUUUAUCCCAUGACGCGGAUCGUUCAGGUGUGAUUGGCUCUGACGAGCUGCCGAAGGCCUUCAAGUCUGCAGGUUUCCCUCUCAAUGAUCAGCUCUUCAAGCUGAUUAUUCGUCGCUAUUGUGACGAGCAUGGCGACAUGGACUUUGACAAUUACAUUGGCUGCCUGGUGCGACUGGACGCCAUGUGCAGAGCCUUUAAGACCCUGGAUAAGGACAACAGCGGCUCCAUCGACCUGGACAUCAAGGAGUGGCUUCAGCUGACGAUGUAUUCAUGAAGUGACGGAGGGAAGCUGCUCCUCAUCAUAAACUUCUCUUCUUUCAUUCGAUCACUCUCUUCCUCUCAUUCCACUCUUUACAUUCCUGUGUGUGUGCUCACGGAUGCGUCAUCAUGUUUGAAAGCCCACCGUCUCCAUGGUAACGGGACCAAAAUGCCAGCGUAGAGCUAAAGUCAAGGGAAAAAAAAUCCAACUCGGACCAAAGUCGAGCCGAUGCUGCACUUGCACUGUCCUGCUGCUGCCAGGCGGCGGCGCUACAGCGUCCCCAUGCUACAGAUUUCUAUAUUUAAGUUCUUGAUUUCUAUUAGGCCGAAACUGUUUGUGGAAUUGACUCUGAAUGUUUAACAUAAUAAAGUGACACGACAGACACAACUGACAUUUAAUUGUUGUUGUGGCUGGUUGUGGGUGUGACACCUUC